GUGAUAGCCGGAUACUGCAUUGUGGGAUAGCGGAGGUUUGCACGACGUUUGCAGAGUUGCGGGAAAUUUUGUCCAAGUCUUUGUGUUUCGUCUCCGCCAGAGCAUUUCAGGUGCACGUUUGUGAACAAACCAGAGAAGAGACGGGAUGGCCAAGCAUCAUCCUGAUUUGAUAUUUUGCCGGAAACAGCCGGGAGUAGCCAUCGGUCGCCUUUGUGAGAAGUGUGAUGGGAAGUGUGUGAUCUGUGACUCGUACGUCCGACCCUGUACACUGGUGCGUAUCUGUGACGAGUGUAACUACGGCUCGUACCAGGGCCGCUGUGUCAUCUGUGGAGGGCCGGGGGUGUCAGACGCCUACUACUGCAAGGAGUGCACGAUACAGGAGAAAGAUAGAGAUGGCUGUCCAAAGAUUGUGAACCUGGGAAGUGCCAAGACAGAUUUGUUCUAUGAGCGCAAGAAGUAUGGCUUCAAGAAGAGAUAGUGCACAGCAUUUACAUUUUUUUACUUAGUAUGAUAUCAUCAAUUCUGUACUCCUCAAACUCAAUCCUUUUUUCAUACCCUGACAAGGAUGGUAGUUUACAGAAAGUAAAGUAAAGGGACUUUCAAGGUGCAUUUUAUAGAAUGAUGUGUAUAAAACAAGCUUUAUGCACGUAGGAUAUCACAGACAUAAGUUCGGUAACUUUUGACAAUGUUAUGAAUGCUCUUUUUCGACAUUCCAUUGUUGUAGUAAAUAUAUCAUCAUCUUUAUUGCAUUAUUCUGGGAGGAUGUAUAUGGAUGUUCUGAUUCAUAUAUUUACAAACCAUGGAUUCCUCAUGUUUAUAGCUCACAGGUGGUCAAUAGCAAUCACCAAGUAGAUUAACUGAUGGAAUGGUGAUUGUUUAUGCCCAUGGAUACUGCCUGCCUGUCACUGGUAAAUCUAUUUGAAGAUUGGAUCAUUAAAUCAAUGUGUCUGUUCAUAUCUGCUUCCAUGUGUGAACAGUCUGUCACACAGUCUGAGUUUUCUACAUGUACUUGUAUAUUA